AUGGUUGAAGCAGGCGAUGUGAUUUUGAAAGUAAAUGGAACCGACGUUCAUCGCUAUUCAACAAAAGAGGUACUCAGAUGUUUACGUCUAUCAAAUGACCCCGUAACGUUGGAAUUGAAACGAGAUCCAACGAUUAAAGAUCAUGUUCGCAAAUAUUUAACAACAAACAGCAACAAUCAUCAUCAACAGGACAUUGAUAAUUAUACAAAUAUCCCGACGCCUACAUCUCCAGUUAUUAACACAAAUAGUAUCGGACGUGGACAUCGAAUAAGCUCAUCGGAAUCAUCAGCAUGUCGAAAAUCUCGCAUUCCUGUUAAUCAUACACGUGUCUCGUCUAUAAGCGCUCCACAAUCACCACAAACAAUCAAGCCACGUUAUCAAUCACACAUACCGACUGCAAAUGGUGUCUCACCGAUCGUUCAAAAGAAACAACAACCACGUUUUGAGGCUUUCAUGAUGACAGGUGAUCUUAUCUUAAAUUUGUCUCGAACGCCACAAAGUUCGGGUUUAUUGCCAGCGCAAGCGAAAAAAGUUGACAGUUUACGAGAUUCACCAGUUCGAAGCUUAAAACGGAAGAACGGUACAGCACCAAAAGCAAUCUACGAUUCUUCACCUUCCGAAUCAUCAUCGCCAAGUUUAAGUGAAAUUGCAUUACAUCAAGAAAAUGUCAUCGAAACAAAUAAUAACAACAACAAUAACAACAAUCGAAAGAAUAGUAAAUUAAGUAAAAUUAUUACAUCGAAUGACGGUCGAGUGAACUCAAUUAAUAGCAGUUUAGAAGAAGAAGAAGAACAGUUGAUAAUGGAGCAUGAACAUGAACAUGAAAAUGAACAUGGAGUAUCGUCGAACGAAGCUCCGGAAGAGCGAAAGAUGAAAUUUAAUAACUUAAUCAACAAGGGCUGUGUAAACAAUUCAUCGUCGUCAUCAUCCGGAUCAUCACCAACCAACACUCACUCAUCAUCUAAUUCAUCGCCAAAUAACAAUGAGAAUUAUGAUGGUGGUGGCGGUGGCGGAAGUGACGACGAUCAACUAAAUGAAACGGGACGUCUCGGUGGUCAUCAAAAGAUUCAGAAAUAUAGCGUUUUACAGAAUGAGGAGAAUCAACAACAAUUGAUGGAUAGAAAACAUUUAAAUGUCACACCGAGUGCUUCUAUGUCAUCAACAACAACUACAACAUCAUCCGCCUCAACGACAAUAAAUCGAAGUGAAACAUUGCUAACGCCAACUCAAGAUGUUAGCCAUUCCGUGCCUACAUCUCCAACUUCUCUUUCAACGCCACUUCUCGAAGUAACCAAACGACGUGAACUUGCUUGUUCUGUUCCCACAAGUCCCGAAUGCCCUCAAUCUGAUGCUGUUCGUCGUAACAGCAGCAACAGUCAUAAUAAACAACAAAAUGGAAUUCAUGUAAGAAAAUGUGAUGCUUCAGGUUUUAGAACAAGUCGAUCUGAAGAUCAUCUACAAUUGUCGCAACGUGAAGGUGCAAUGGGAAAUGCCAUUCCAAUUGACAUUGAUGAAGAUGUUAACAGUUCGCUUAAUACACUUCUCGAUACACGACAUGAUUCUGAAGACUCCCAGAAUUCAGAUCACGAUCGAAUUGUGUGGACAUACAAUGCACCUGUUACGAAUCAAUCUUCUGCCAACAAUUCUAAUCAAGUUGUUGUUUCACCAACAUCACAUUCAAGUUCUAUUAGUACUUCACCACAACAUUCUGAAAGUCCAGCAUCACCAACAUCUGUGUCGAGUUCUGUCAUGUCGUCAUCAGGCUCGAAGGGAAAUGGAUUAGGGAAUAAUUCGAAUGGUCUUCAUGGAUUGAUGGUGAUGAGUGGUGAACAAAGUGUUUCGGAAGCAAUUUCAAAUAUUUCAAGUCCUGACUAUCAAGAUGAACACGAUUUAUUGAGUACACGUGAUUUAUCAGCAGCAAUGGCUAUAAGUGAAGCCAGUGAUUCCGAUUCAACACUUAUUGUUGAUAAUAUUCAACAAGACAAAGAAAGAAAAGUCAUGGAAAAUCAUAAAACAUUUUGUAAAGAUUCGGAAGAUGAACUUGCAACAUUGACAGAUGAACCAAUGACAAUACAAUUGGCUAAUCAAAGAGAUUCUUCGCCACCAAUUUCCGAUGAUGGCUCUGACGUUGAUUCACUUCAUUCAUUCCAUUAUUCGCCAAAAGCUGUCGAUAUGCCGUCAGCUAUUCGGCUUGCAAAAAGACUUUAUGGCUUAGAUGGAUUCAAGAAGAGUGAUGUGUCAAGGCAUUUAAGUAAAAAUAAUGAAUUUAGUCGAGCAGUUGCUGAUGAAUACUUAAAAUAUUUUCAAUUUGAGAAGAAGACGUUGGAUGAAGCUCUUCGUCAAUUUCUCAAUCAGUUUGCGCUCUCAGGCGAGACUCAAGAGCGUGAACGUGUGCUGGUUCAUUUUUCAAAGCGUUAUCUUGAUUGCAAUCCGAGAACGCUUAAUUCACAAGACGCUGUCCAUACAUUGACGUGUGCUAUCAUGCUGCUAAAUACUGAUCUCCAUGGACAGAACAUCGGCAGAAAAAUGACAUGUUCUGAAUUUAUCGAUAAUCUUAGUGAACUGAAUGACGGUGAAAACUUUCCUAAAGAUAUACUGAAACAUAUUUAUCAUGCAAUUAAAAAUAAUCCCCUUGAGUGGGCGCUUGACGAUGAUUCAACUGAUUUGAAUCAAAAACAAAACCGCAAUGAAAGCAGUUUACCAGGCCCACCAGUUGGACCUAAUCCCUUCCUCGACUUACCACAAAAUGUUUCGGCUGUCGAGUACAAGAAAGGCUAUGUGAUGAGAAAGUGCUGUUACGACUCAAAUAACAAGAAAACACCAUUCGGAAAACGUUCAUGGAAAAUGUUUUAUUGUACAUUGAGAGAUCCACUCGUUAUGUAUUUACACAAGGAUGAACGAGGAUUCCAUAAGAAUCAGUUAUCUGACAAUGUUCACAACGCAAUCAGAAUUCACCACGCACUCGCAACAAAAGCGAACGACUACACCAAAAAGCAGCAUGUUUUUAGACUUCAGACAUCAGAUCAAUCUGAAUAUCUCUUUCAAACGAGCGAUUCGAAAGAGCUACAGUCGUGGAUCGAUACAAUCAAUUUUGUUUGUGCCUCUUUCUCAGCACCGCCACUUGAAGGGGGCGUCGGAAGUCAAAAACGGUUUCAACGCCCACUUCUUCCAUGUUCACAUACAAAACUACUGCUUCGUGAACAACUUGCAUCACAUGAAGAACAAGUCACAAAACUUGAGAAUGCUCUCACUGAACAUAAAUCGGGAGCUGCACCGACAAAAGGAUUAGCUUUACAAAAUCAUCGAGAGAAGGAAAAUUACUUACAAUUUGAGCUGAAACGCUAUAAAACUUACGUCUAUCUGCUGAGUUCGCAUAUUAACUCAACAACAAAUGAAACAAUGAUUAACAUCAUUAUCGGCGCCAGUAGCACAGCCACAUCAACGACGCCAACACUGGGAGAAGAAGAUGAACUUAAACCGUUGGGUGUAAAUCUUCAGACCAGUCAACAAGGAACAAACAGGUACAGUUAUCGAGCUGCUAUUUACCGCUCAGAUCCACAGGAUAUAGGAUGACGUGUUAUGGGAGUUUUUUCUGCUUGCGUGGUGUAGGUUGAAGGCUAUCUGUCUAUCUAUUGCUCUCCAAGAAAGAAAGCAAAAAUAUGUUCAAGACGUAGCCAAAAAAAGAUGACAAAAUUUGCAUAAAAUUUUACAAUUUUCUUCCGUUUCAAAGACGAACACAAAUACACACACAUAAAAGCGAGACAGAAGUAAAAUGUUUGAUUUUUCAUCGACACCAUUCAGGAAGGAAAAUAUUUCUACUUACAUUCAUGUUUUCAUAUCUUUAUACCUUCUUUAAAUGUAUAA